GGCGGGACUUCCGUGUGGUUUGCCGCCGACGCCAUUUUCCCUUCGCUUGGUGUGGGGGGAUGGUGAGUUGCUGAGGAGCCGGGUCGGAGCCGCGUUCCAGGCUUGUCGUGACGACCGAGUAGGGAAGGAGAAUACGGAUUCCCGCCGCACCUUGUACGAGCCAGACCCCGUGUGGCGGGGUGUUCCCUGGCCGCCCGCCGGGCCGCGGGCUCUCCUCACCUGCCUUUCGGCCCCGCAGUUGCCAAGGGCGGCGCCCUGGGCCUCGUAUGCGGCCCCGAGUGUGGCCGUCAACCGCGGCCGCCGGGCCAGGGCAGGGCACCGGCAGGGGGUCAGCCGAGCCGCCCCGGCGCUCGUCUCUCCUAGCCCUGCGCGGCUCACAGGGUCCGGGGAUGGCAGCGGGGGUGCCGUCGCUGACGGGCCAGACGCAGAUGUCUGUGACCUUUGAUGAUGUAGCUGUGACUUUCACCAAAGAGGAAUGGGGGCAGCUGGAUCGAGCUCAGCGAACCCUGUACCAGGAGGUGAUGCUGGAAAACUGUGGACUCCUGGUGUCUCUGGGGGACAAAGAAAAACCUAAGACCCCAGAACCUACCACUUGUGAGCCAGCCUUGCCUGGGGGAGUCUCACUCCAAGGAAACCUAACACAGGGAGCCUCAGGGGACUCCCAGCUGAGGCAAGCCAAGGAUCAGAAUGGGCCAUGUGAAAUGCAGGAAGGACACUUGAGACCAGGGAUAGAUCCUGAGAAGGAGAAGGUUUCUGGGAAAAGGAACCCUGAAUGUGAUGAGUUAGGGACAGCGGGUGGUGCAUGCUCCGGGAUGAUACAAGAGCAAGUCUGUCCAAGAGAUACAGUCCAUAGCCUUAACUCAAGUGGAUCAGGUAAAGAGCCCAUGCUUCAGGAAGAGGAAAAUAUCUUUAAAUGCAAUGAAUGUGGAAAAGUCUUUAACAAGAAACACCUCCUUGCUGGACAUGAGAAAAUUCAUUCUGGAGUGAAGCCCUAUGAAUGUACAGAAUGUGGGAAAACCUUUAUUAAGAGCACACAUCUCCUUCAGCACCACAUGAUCCACACUGGCGAGCGGCCCUAUGAGUGCAUGGAGUGUGGAAAGGCUUUCAACCGCAAAUCAUACCUUACUCAGCACCAGAGGAUUCACAGUGGAGAGAAGCCUUAUAAGUGCAAUGAGUGUGGAAAGGCCUUCACUCACAGAUCCAAUUUUGUCUUGCAUAAAAGGAGACACACUGGAGAAAAAUCCUUUGUGUGCACAGAAUGUGGGCAAGUCUUUCGACAUAGGCCAGGUUUUCUUCGACACUAUGUUGUCCACAGUGGUGAGAAUCCGUAUGAGUGUUUGGAGUGUGGCAAGGUCUUCAAACAUAGGUCAUACCUCAUGUGGCACCAGCAGACUCACACUGGAGAGAAGCCCUAUGAGUGCAGUGAAUGUGGGAAGGUCUUCCUGGAGAGCGCAGCCCUUGUUCACCACUAUGUCAUCCACACUGGGGAGAAGCCCUUUGAGUGCCUCGAGUGUGGGAAGGCCUUCAACCACAGGUCAUACCUCAAGAGGCACCAGCGGAUUCACACUGGGGAGAAGCCUUUUGUGUGCAGUGAAUGUGGAAAGGCCUUCACCCACUGUUCUACUUUUAUCCUACAUAAAAGGGCCCACACUGGAGAAAAACCUUUUGAGUGUAAAGAAUGUGGAAAAGCCUUUAGUAAUCGGAAAGAUCUCAUUCGCCACUUUAGCAUCCACACUGGAGAGAAGCCCUAUGAGUGCGUAGAGUGUGGAAAAGCCUUCACCCGCAUGUCAGGCCUCACAAGACACAAGCGGAUUCAUAGCGGAGAGAAGCCCUAUGAAUGUGUUGAGUGUGGGAAAUCCUUUUGCUGGAGCACAAACCUCAUUCGACACUCCAUCAUCCACACUGGAGAGAAGCCGUAUAAGUGUAGUGAAUGUGGAAAGGCCUUCAGUCGCAGCUCAUCCCUCACUCAGCAUCAAAGGAUGCAUACUGGCAGAAACCCUAUCAGUGUAACACAUGUGACAAGACCUUUUACAAGUGUGCAAACCUCAGUUACCCUUCGCGAACUCCUUUUGGGGAAAGACUUUAUGAAUGUAACCACUGAGGCAAAUCUUUUGUCAGAGGAAACAACCGCAUCUGAUCAUGCAUACCAAAGAGAAACCCCACAAGUGUCUUCACCAUGAGAAAUCCUUCUGUUACAAAAUAUUACUUGUCAUCUAAAGAGUCAUGGUAGAGGCCAGGCGCAGUGGCUCACACCUAUAAUCCUACCACUCUGGGAGGCCGAGGUGAGAAAUCUGCUACCAUUGGAGCCGUUUGUUCUCCAGCCAUAAUGCAUCAUUUCUAUCAAGCUGCAUGCAGAGUGUUUUUCGUUGUCUAUAUAUAGGGGUCAGAAGUUUGAUCCUGUUGGGUAAGGCAUGGAAUUUUUUUAGUUUAUCCUGUUUUGUGUUUGCUCAGCAUUUUGAUCUCUGUAGGUUUAUGCCAUUUGCCACAUUUGGGGAAUUUUCAAUUAUUGUUUCUGCAAAUAUUUUUUCAUCCCCCCUGUUUCUUAUCUGUCUUGAGACUCUACUGGCAUGAAUGGUAGAUCUUGUGUUAUGGUUCUACAGGUCCCUCAGGCCCUUAAUUUUUUUCCUGUAGUCUAUUUUCUCUGUUAUUCAUGUUGACUAAUUUCUAUUGGUUUCUGUUUGACCUCACUGAUUCUUUGCUCUAUCAUGCUUAGAGCUUGUCCAGUGAUGAUUUUUCAUUUUGGUUUUUGUACUAUUCUUUUUACUGUUUUUUUUUUUUUUUUUUUUGAGACAGGGUCUUGCUCUU